UUGGUUCGGUGUUGUCAUAGUGACGAAGUUGAGUGUGCUGGCAGCGUGGAAAGUUUUUCUCUAAUAAAACUGGCGGUUGACCUGCAGGUGAAGAUGAACACAGCUGUUGGGUUUCUCCCUGAAAUUAAUACCAAGAAAAGCAAACAGAGGAGCAGCACUUACUACAGCAGGAUGAAGCAGACGAAGGAGUCCCUCAGAGCCAGACUGGGCCCGGCUCGACCAGCAGAGAGUCUGACCAGGAAAGAAAUCGCUCUGUUCAGAAGCAGUCCGAAGCAGAGCAUCUGUGUGCGGCUGCUGCAGGAAGGCUUCCACAGGUCGUUCUCUGAGCUCGUCUCUCUGCUGCGCUCUGAUCAGGACUGGAGGGCGACGGCUGAACCGGGAUCACUCAGGCUUCGUGCUCCUCCUCUGGUGGAACAAAGACACAAAAUGGAGACCAUUAGCCAGCACCUGAGCUUGGCUGAGGAGGCUGAAAGGACCGGUAUCUGGUCCACCGUCUGCGAGGAGCGUCUCCUUUUGGGUCGGUUCUUCUCAGACCGCGAGGACCUCUGGCUCCGCUUCUACUUCUACCACAGCUGUACUGACAGAGAGAAAGGGAGGUUCUCCAGAGCAGCCACCGAGGCCCGGGCCUGCCUGACUGAGCUGUACCUGGAUCGAGGUGAGCUGGAGGAGGCGAGGCAGCAGGGAGAGCUAUGCCGCAAACAGGCGGAGGACGGCGGCUGGCUGGACUCAGACGGUCGGCCCCUGAAGCUCCGGGCAUGCCGGGAUCUGUGGAAGAUCUACAGAGAGCUCGCGGAGGCGCCGCUGGCCGCCGAGGACCACAAGAAGGCCCUGACGCUGCUUCACGAGGGCAACAGCAGGGCCGCGGAGUCUGAAGACAAACACAUGAAGGGGGAGGCGGCUUUCCAAGUAGGCCUGGCCUAUCAGAGAGCAGGAGACCAUAGCACAGCCAAAAAGGUACCAAAGAUUGUGUUUGACUCUGCUGAAGAUAUUACCCUUUGAACAGCUGGUCAGUAAAGUUUUAACAGCUGUUACUCAAAGACGUGAACAAAGUGUCAUAAACGUUGGCGCAAAAGGUAAAGAAAAUCGAGGGCUCGGGGAGAGAGGGGAAAACACGACUUGAUAAAAAGGAGGACAGGAUGAUUUAUACCCUGAUGAGGAAGAGGAGAGAGCAGAACAAACAAGCUGGGAAUCAGCAAGACAGGAAGUAAAACUCACAAAGGACAGUGAAGAAAAUGGACUUUCAAAGUAAAAUAGGAAGAAAGCAAAUGCAAACAUUAAUCAGAAAAGAAGAGGGACUAAACAGUAACAGAGAAAAAAGGGAACACAGGAGGUUAAUGAGAUUAAGGGUGGUUUCCAGGAAGUCGGAACUUCUAAGUUCCCAGUCAGAAUUUUCAUAGGCAGACACCGAGCAUUCUCCAUCCACGAACAAGCUGCAGCUGCGUUUUUUAAGUGCAAAAACACAAAUAUUAUGCUGUAUUACUAAUGAUGCAUGAGUGGCUGUGUUUACUAACUAGAAAAGCAAAUCCAGUUUUUCACGCUUUUCCAGCUUUCCUGCUGGAAUACAAUAACUCAGGAGGGAUGUUACUCCUGACGUCUCACACGCGGCUUUGAAGUAAAUGGAAUAAGACUGAAACCAGGGAGACAGAUUAAGAGGUGUUAAUAGUAAAACCCAAGAACAGAAAAUCAAACUCAAAAACACAGAACCCGAGGGAAAAGGCAGUUUAGGUGGGACUAUUUUAGGCUGCGGAUGAAUCCACAUGUGUGUGGUGUAGGCAACAAGUCACACAAAAGAGCCACUUACUGUGUUUUUAACAGA